GAUUAUUGGUGAGAGGAGGAAGAAGAAGAAGAAGAAAAAAAGAAAAAAGCACCAGCUUUCCCUCAAAAAGGUUAAAUCAAAACGUGCCUUCAGCUACUUUCGUUUAAAAAGAGUUGAUUGAUUGAAUGGCUCGUCAGCUGAGCGUUUCCCCAAAAGGAAGUUUAGACGCGAUUUAGACAGUGAGGCUGGAUGUGGUGAGUGCACAAUUCAUCAUGGAAGCAGGAGGUGAUGAAGAGUUUGCAGAUGGCCAAAAUAUUCAGUCAUCUAACGCUGAUGUUUGUCCCUCCGAGCCCAGAGAUGAGAGGUCCAAUGAGAACAUGGAUGUGGAUGAAGAGGGUUUGUUUAAACACUCCACCACUCUGACCAACAAGCAGCGUGGGAAUGAGGUUACAGUACGCCCGGCAACAUUAGACUCUCUGUCCAUACACCAGCUGGCAGCUCAAGGCGAUGUCACACAAGUGGCUGCUCACCUGUGUAAAGACAGCUCUUUGCUCAGCAGACAGGAUGAACGGGGCUUCACACCUCUCAUGUGGGCAGCGGCGUUUGGAGAGAAAGCAGUGGUGGAUUAUCUCUUGGAGAAGGGUGCAGACCCCAAUGCAAUCGCGAGGGAGCGAGAAAGUGCCUUGACGCUGGCCAGCUCUGGAGGUUAUGUGGACAUUGUUGAGUCUCUUCUCAGACACGGAGUAGACAUUAACACUUAUGACUGGAACGGUGGGACUCCUCUUCUUUAUGCUGUGCGAGGGAACCACAUCAAAUGUGUAGAGGCACUCUUAGCGAACGGGGCAGACAUGACCAUUGAGUCUGACUCUGGCUACAGUCCAAUGGCCUUAGCUGUUGCCCUCGGACACAAAAAGAUUCAGAAAGUGUUGGAGGGCCAUAUUCUGAAACUCUACAAGCCGCCAACAUGACACUAGUUGAAAUGAACAAAUGGAUGAGACAGUCGGACACUGUGGAUCUCAGAUCUACAACCAGCCAUCACUGGCGUUGAGAUGACACAAUAACAAGUCAAUGUAACAGACCAGUACAGAGACACUUACACCGAUCAAACAGCAUUCGUUAUUUUACAAACUGUUUAUUCCAUUUGGAUACAUAGCUUUGUGUGCAUUAGAGACUGUAAACAAGUUUUAAUAAAAAUGUAUUUUUA